CGAAGCGAACACAUGAUUAAAGUCGAAAAGUAAAUAAACAACAGCUGAAAAUCAAUUCGCUAUUUGUGUCUAUGCAAAUGAAAAAUUAUUAUUUAAGAGUGAAUAGGUAUUUUUCUAUAUUCCACGUUAAGCGGAGCGGAACAUCUACAAGAGUUCUGAAGUUGUGCAAGUUAAUUUAAAAUUUCUAGUUCCUGCAAGUGAAGACGACACAAUCAGUCCAUAAUAUGGAGAAAGUUGCGGAUUUUAAGAGUACAAAACGCCAACGCCACGGAAUGAAAUUGAGGUUAACUUCUUCACGAGAGGAGAAAAGUGUUCCAGAUUCUACCGCAGAACAAGCACCUGUCGACCCUAACAGCGCAACGUCGAAAGUUUCGAGGAAUCCAUUGAUUCUCGACAUCAUCUUCGCCAAACUCAACCUCCCCGACCUGAAGACGUCUCGCCUCGUUUGCCAUGAGUGGGACGACGUGGGCGUCACUUUAUUAGGAAAACGGGCUUAUCUCCAGGUCACCCAGAUUUUCUCCUACAGGACCAAGUUAGGCAUUCAGAUGACCCCCGUCAACGAAAAACUGUUCGGGCGCCUCUUAAUCACGGAUACAUUCGACCCGUCCGUUCCGACAAACAAGAAGGCUGACGUUAUCACAAAAAUGUUCACAGACGUCGAUAAAGUGUCUCGAUUAACACAUGAAAUUAAAUUUGCCGUCUCCGUGAAGAGAUUUCUCGCCGCUUUCCUCGAAGGAAUAAGGACGUUGAAGUCCCCAAGAAUCCAAACUAUUGGUAUCUUCAUCCCCCAUCAAAGAAGCUGCGCCACCAACAUUCCAGCUCAGGCUUAUCAAAAACUCCCCCCUCAACCUAACUUGACCUCCCUCAAGUUCAAUGUUCUUGCAAACCUCGACAUCAACCCAAUCGAGUUUAUUCGAUUCUGGACAGAUUCUGCCCCAAAUUUAACCACUUUGGACGUCGCUGAGGAUGAGUCUUACUCCCUCAACUUGGAGGGGUGCAAAAAUCUGAAAGUUCUGAAGUAUAAAUAUAUAGGGCCAGGGUAUCGCUCCUUUUAUCGCCCUACCCUCGAUUUGGCCAUUGUGACCAAGAUGCUGGCACAGGUCAAGGAUUCCUUAAUCGAACUGACGUUGUCAGUGGAUGAUAGUGAUUUCAUGGAGCAGGUUAACAUUAUCCAACCUGCUGAGGUUCCCGUGAUGUCAACCCUUACCACUCUCUCCAUCCCUGACAUAGAUGUGUACCCCAUUCGUAACUUUUUUAAUGAAGACCACUUUCCAAAAUUAGAAACCCUCUCUGUCAACAACGGAAAAUGGCAGACGUCGUUGGCAUCCCAUUUUUUGUGGAGGCCACACAAAGGAGUCAAGUCUCUCGCGUUGACCUUUGAUUUACUGGCGUGGGGGCAGGAGAAAUUCGAGGAAAAGAUGAUCCAUUUAUUCCCCUCCGUUAAGAAAUUCGAUUUGACAAUGGAGCUCAGAAAUGGUGUUCCAAAUGCGGACUUCAACCGGAUUUUGGAACAGUUCCAAGCGUGGGGUUUGGAACGUACCAAUGUUCUCGUGACAUUUGUGGACGAGUCGUCUUUGUUGAUCGGCACCAUACGAAAUGUGGCUGCUUGGAAAGGCGUCAAACGUGUCCGGUUCGAGGACGUUUGCAUCAAUGAAGAAACCUUUUUCCCCCUCAGUGAAGAUUUGAUCUCGCUCAGUAGAGGUUUUGAAAGGGUGGAAAUCUUUGGGGAUGAGGUUCCGGAAAUAGAGGAACGGAUACGACCGAUGCUUGAAGCUAGUGGUGCACAGAUUCAUUUUUAUGGGAGGUGAUGACUAUGAUUCAGAGCAUGGCAAUUACUAACAGGGAACCUAAAGUACUGUCCCAUCUCGAUAUCCUUCCGAAUAGCCUUAAUUGACAAAUAAUUUCGUAAAACUAAAACAAAAUUUAGUUGUUUAGUUUAAGGGUUAUUGACUAGAGGCAGAUAUGCAUAUAAUUUCAAUUAUUUGAAAUAUAGAAUAUUAAAUAAAAUGAAAAAUGUUUGAAAUA